AUGGACCAAUCAAGCAACCAACCGAGGCCGGCCCACCGCGAUAUGAUGUUCUGCCAUGAGUGCAACGAUGAAUGGUACCGGGAUGAACAUGGUCUGACCUGCCCAGAGUGCCACUCAGACUUCACAGAAAUCAUUGAAGGAGACAAUGACCCCCGGGACAGCGUCAUGUACGGUGACGACUCCGAUUCCCUGCCCGACCUCGUCGAAGGCUCGUCCCUCCCAUUCGGGCAUUUCAAUCCAAGACAGACAGACGACCCGGAAGAGGCUGAUAUCAGCAACUUCAACUUUACUCAGACCACGCCGGGCAGAAUCAACCUUCACGCUACGAUAACACGAUCUGUGUCCCCACAGGGCCUACAAGCCGGCAUGGCACCCGCAUCAAUAGGUGGAUUCAUGUCCAUGUUGAAUGGAUUGGCUGGGGUUGCAGGACGACCACAGGGCCAAACACAAGGUCAGGGCGAGGGGCUGUUCUCAGGACCGAAUCAAACCCAGAACCAGUCUGCAUUCCAAGAGUCGAGGGCUCAAGGGGCGGCAGGACAGCCUGAGGUCCGAACGGGAAGGUUCACAUACCAUGGCGGAGCACGGUUAUUUCCACGAGACGCCAACAACCCAGAACCGCGAAUAGAACCUGUGGAUGAUAUAACCAACGUCAUGGCCGGCCUUUUGGCAGCACUGGGCGCACCACCUGGCAGCCUCCACGACCAACACCAACACCAAGGCGGCCCCGGAGCCACAUUACGUGGCGAGCACAACCCCGACGAAACGCAACGAGCCGCCCACCCCUUCCUCCAACUAUUCACCUCGAUGGGUUUGUUGGGCGGCGCGGGCGGCCAAAUGGGCGACUUUGUGUACUCACAAGAAGGUCUCGACCGCAUUGUGUCGCAGCUCAUGGAGCAGACGGCAACGAGCAACGCGCCAGGGCCCGCCACGCAGAACGAUAUCGAUGCGCUACCGAGGAAGAAUAUUACCGAAGAUAUGCUGGGCCCCGAACACACUGCCGAAUGUAGUAUCUGCAUGGAUGACGUCAACGUUGGCGAGCAAGUCACGGUGCUGCCUUGUAAGCACUGGUUCCACCACCAGUGCGUAUCUGCAUGGUUGGCGGAGCAUGAUACUUGUCCACAUUGUCGAAAGGGAAUCACGAAACAGCAACAAGCAGAGUCAAAUCAAGCGUCGAGCGGACAAGCCACAUCGGAGGAGGUGGAUAGGACCUCACAGAUGCCGGGAGCGUUCCACGGCUCUGGCGCAGGUACCUCCAACGACCCAUUCGUCCUGCCUGGAGAUGGUGGACCAACGAGUUCAUCAACGAACCAGGGCGAUCAGAACUCGGGAUCUGGGAACGGAGGCAUUAGCGAUCGAAUCCGCAGGGGUUUGUUUGGUCCUCAGUCAUAA